AUUAGUGUGUGUGAAAUAAGAAAAACUGGUUGAACAAGAGCAGUUGUGCUGUGACCACUUUCUGUGGGAGAAUGAGGAGACUCUCCCACAGGCCACAGUAUAUGCAGAAGAUGCAGGCCUUAACACAGGCUCACCCUAUAUAUCUAUGGCUUUAAAUCCCUAUACUUUCUUAUUUCCUGGUUGCUGGGCAGAAGUGAGUGUAUCCAUUUGGGUUAUUGACAUAAUGUGCAAUGUGUAUCAUUGGCCUAGAAGCUGAUGAGCACUUCCUGUAAAUGCUUCAGUAUAGUGUUGGGCAGAGGGUGGAGCUCUCCCUUUUGCCUUUCACUUUAGGAGGUAGUAGGUAUUGCUUGGGGCUCAGGAAAGGGCUGUGAGACCCUUGUAAACAGGGACCCUGUGGAUGAGGUGUAGUCAGGUCAGGGGAGAUUCUGUAAAAACACUUUCUAGGAAAGUGAGAGAUAGCAUUUUAUAGCAAGGAUGGAUAACAAGGGGGUAGCUCUCCCCUCAGGCAACACUGGCCUGUAGUGUAGGGAUCACUAAGCUGAAUAGGGAUUUAGGUUUAGUGAAUUCCAUGAUCCAUGAUGUAGGUGAUUAUUCAGAGAUCCUCAGGGUGCAGCUGUCAGUCUGGUACGCUAUCUUCACAGGGAUAUCACAAGGUACUGCCUCUGAAUUGCUGUUGAUGUUACCUGACAUGUUUGUGUAUUCCUCAAAGGAUGGAGCAAGUCGAUUUUACACUGAAGAAGAUGAUGUGAAACCAGCAGAAAAGGUUACAGCAUCAGCAAACUUUUAUAUUGAGGAGGACACAGAUGUUAAGACUGAAGUUGUGACAGAAACGAGUAUUACCCAUGGAACACAAACAGAAUCGGAAACAGAACCGACUGUCAUCAGUACAUCAGUGCCUGAAAUGAGUAUUAGCUAUGGAACACAAACAGAAUCGGAAACAGAACCGACUGUCAUCAGUACAUCAGUGGCUGAAACCAGUAUUAGCUACGAGACAUCCACUGUGUUGUCGACAUCAGAAACGACUGUUACAUCAGAAGCAAUGAUGGAAACAACGACGACAACAUCGGUUCCUUCUGAACAAACCACUGAGGAGGAUUAUCCCUCUACAAUGAUGGCACCAUCAGAAACUGAAGACACCACCAUGGAGACCAUAAAAUCAGAAGAUGAAUUUAAAGAUUCAAAAGAGAUCAUAUUGAAAGAAUAUGAGCGAGUGAAAUAUUUGGAAAUCAGAAGUACACUGCUCAUUUGCGCCAUCAUCCUUGUGGCGUUUUUUAUACUUCUUAUUAUAAUCAUAUGUGCAACCAGGAGAGGCGAUUUGGAUGAGGCACGUGCAAUUGAGGAAGGGAGAAUACUCAAGAAAAACAAGAAUAAACCAGCAGCACCAAAGUGAAACAGACCCUCGAAGCAAGGACAAAAUCGCCUGUUGCAUACUCUACAAUGAUUCUGGCUGCUUUCAGCUAUCAUCUGUUUCAGUCUUCUAUUAAUGCUCUUAGUGUUGAUCCAUGGCCUAGUCCGAUUGCCAUUUUGGAGUCAGGAAGGAAUUUAGAGGGUUAGCAUUAGAGGGUUUUUUUUGCCUUCCUCUGGAUCAACUAGACAUUACGUAGCAUUUACUGGAGCACAGAUUUGAAUAUGAUGGAGAAGGAGUCUUUUUUUUUUAAAACUCACCUUUAAUUGAAUUCUUUAAUAAGAUUUCUUAUAUAUAAGAAAGAACCUACAGCCAUGGAAACUAUCAACCUAAAUAAAAUAACUGAAAUAUU